AUGGCGGGAAAGCCAAUCGCCGGCGAAGGGUUACCAGCGAACCUGGCCGGAAUGACAAAGAACCAGCUAUAUGACAUCAUGUCUCAAAUGAAGGCAUUAAUAGAGCAGAACAAGCAGCAAGCCAAGGAUAUACUAAUCCAGAACCCUUCCUUGACCAAAGCCCUUUUCCAGGCGCAAAUUAUGCUAGGAAUGGUGCAGCCUCCUCAAGUGAUUCCAAAUAUCCAGCCAGCAGCACCACAGCAACCUCAGCAAUCAGCACAACCAUCUCAGCAGCCAAACAUUCAGGCUGCGCAUUUGUCGCCUGGACAAGGCGGUUUGCAGGAUCAAACAAGUGCCUCUCAGUCCCAACCACCACUGAGGAAACAACACCAGAGUCAACCUGCAAUGCCUACAUCUGCUCCUUCUGGGCCUCCAGUGAAUCUUCAGUCUCCUCCAUUGCCUUCACACCCCCUACAGAUGCCACAGCAGCCUAAGGGACAUAUGAAUCCUCAAGUAACCCCAAUGUCUGUUACUCAGUCUUCUCAACUUCCAAACCUACCCCCGGCACCUAGUCAUUCUGUUUCACAGCCACUACCAAUUCAUCAAACCCAGAUGUCUUCUGUCUCUAGCCAGUUGCAGCAGCCAUUACAGACAGCUGGAAUUUCUCAUCUGCCAUUGCAACCACCAUUGGCACCUCAACCUCGACCACCUGUUCCAAGCUUUCAUCAUCAGUAUGGGCAACAAAUGGGGCCCAAUAUGGGUUACCAACAUACUGGUGCUCCUCAUCAUCCUUCACAACCCAUGUUUCAUUCAAGCAACAAACCUCAGACUAGCAUGGGCCCUUCAUUUCCACAAGUACAGCAACCUCUUCCAAAUCAGCAACCACAUCAAUCAUAUCAGGUGGGAACAGAACUUCUGUGGAUUGGUUUUGUGAGGAAAACUAAAUCUUGCUUGGUUUUGGAAGUAAAACUAGAAAUUGUGAGAGUUGCUGUGAUUAAUUUUGUCAUCAGUAACCAUGCUGGAGGUUCACAUUUAGGGGCAGAGUACAACAGUCAAGUUGCAAAUUCAAUGCAAGUUGAUAGAGGAUCUUUGUGGAUGUCUGGGCCGCCAGAAGGUUCAACAAUGACGCAUCCAGGACCCCCACAGUUCAAUCCUGGUCAGAUGGCCCAGGGCAAUCACCCUUCUCGCACAGCAGCUAUGUCUUCUGACAUGGAGAAAGCACUACUCCAGCAGGUCAUGAGCCUCACGCCAGAACAGAUUGGUCUCCUGCCUCCAGAGCAAAGGAAUCAAGUGCUUCAGCUGCAACAGAUGCUACGACAGGUCAGGCGUCAGAAAUUGCAACAGCAUUUCUGGUCAUCUCAGUUCAUUGGGGACGAUUGGUUGCGGGCAAAUAAUUACACAGAAGUUGAUACAGGAUAUACUUUGGAGACAAACUUGAAGCAAAAUUUUGAACUUUUUUGUUUCUCUGCUACAAUACUUCUGACAAAUGAGGUAACAGAUGAAUUCUCAAGGCAGAUUGCUCAACAAGAACCACAAGAGACAGAUGAAAUGGCUUCUGAUGAAUUGCAACAAAAUGUAGGCAAACCUAAACAAACCAUUCACUUGAUCGACUCAAUUGCGUUAAUCGUGAGUGGAAAAGCAGGAAGCCAAUCCAGCUUCAAUGUGCAGAGGAACCAUCCACUUCAAAUGCAUUUGACCUUAUCAUGGAACCUCCUGGAAGAAAUUAGAAAAACAUGGUAG